AUGUCCGAACGAAUCAGGACGAUCCUCAUCCUGGGCGCCGCCAAAGGCAUCGGCGAGGCCAUGGCCCGGCGGUUCCACCAUCUGGGCAAGACGGUCAUCGUUACGGGCCGCCAGGUGGAAGAGGAUCAAUUAGCCCAACUUGCAGAGGACUUGCCUGGUUUGGAAUACCGCGUGUGGGAUUUGACCCAUCUCGAGACGCUGGGUACCCAAGUCCAGCGCAUCUUGACCGACUUUCCCACCCUCGACACCGUCUUUGUCAACGCCGGCAUCCAGUCCCACUACCAGCUCUUCCAGGACCCCCCGCCGGACCAUGCCGACGUCCUCGCCGAGUUGAUGACGAACCUGGCAGCCCCAAUUCUCGUCGCCCACGCCUUUGCCCACCACCUGCUCGCGCAGGCCCGUGCCGGCACGCCCACGACGCUCUUCCUCACCAGCUCCUCCCUCGCCUACUUCCCCGUUGCCUUCUAUCCCGUCUACUGCGCCACCAAGGCGGGUAUCGCGGCGUUCACCAAGAGCCUUCGGGCCCAGCUACAGGAGACGGGCUGUGCGGCGAUGAACAUCGUCGAGGUGGUGCCGCCCUACGUGGAUACGGAGUUGAACGCGGCGCAUCGGUGGCAGACCGAUCGACUCCAAGGGGGCCCGGACAAGGCGGUCCAACCAAUGCCGCUGGAGCAGUAUAUCGACCAGUUCUUUAGGGCCUUGCAAGCGGGGAAGGGGCCGGAUGGGUCGCUACGGGAGGAGAUUGGGGUGGGCUUUGGGGCUCGGGGGGCAGAGGUGUGGCGGGAUGGGUGGCAGCGGCUGCUCCGUGCGUCGGGCAUGGCGGAGUAA